CUACACAUAACGCUUUUCGUGUAGGCUUUCCGUAUAUUGCGAAUUUCGGUUUUUCUGUCGUAGUUCAACGUUGAAGUUUGUUGCUGUUCUGACCUUCCUAAACCAAACAGUUUAACGCCAUAAACAAAUUACCAUUAAUUUAUCAGUGAAUCGGCGUAGGUAUUAUCAUUUUUAAUAGUUUCAAAAUCACCGAGGUCAUUCUAUAUUUUGUUUUCAAAAGAAAUUAAAUAUAAAAUGGAAUGUUUUGAGAAGUACGAAGGACAAGAAGUUGUAUUACCAGAACAAGUUUUAGAUAUAUUGGAAUCGCAAUUCAAUAAAGCUAAAACGUUACACACGACUGAUUUAGAAAUAUUAGCAGCAGAAUUAGGUGUUAGAGAGGUAGACGUCAAGAUAUGGUAUACAAAUCGUAUAGCAGCUUGGAGAAGAAGUCAAGGACUUUCAGAUUGUUUUGGUCAGUUGUGAAUAAAAAUAAAUUAACAAUAAUAUACAAAAAUAGAAUAGUUUUAUUAAUCUUAUAAUAUAUGACCAGGUUUGUGGAAAAAUCUUGUUUAUUGUUAUUUUAAUUUUGUUUUUUAAUAAAUCGUUGAACAUUACUA